AUGGGGCUCCCCGAAGAUUCUGAAUUACAAGAGUCAUUGACGAAAAGACCUCCCGAGGAUAUGAGGCAACUUAUGAGAUGCAUUGAGAAGUAUAAACGCCUAGAAGAUGAUCGGCUGCAAAAUAAGGGGAAAGCCCCGUUACUCGGUAGAUCUCGGCAGGGCAUUAUCCCGGCAAGACCGAAAAAAGAUUUCAGGAUGCAAGAACCAGAGGCGCAAAUUGAAGGAGUUAAUGUGGCGUUCAAAGAGCCUAUGCACAAAAUACUAGAUCGGAUUAAGAACGAAUCGUUCUUCAGGGACAAAGGGCACACCACCGAGCAGUGUCGGGUACUAAAAGAUCAUCUCGGGCAGCUAGUAAAAGCAGGGUAUCUAAAAGAGUUUGUAGUGGACUCCGCAGACCGGGAGGCCGGCCAGGGUGUUCAGCAGAAAAGGAAUCCCCUCCCACCACCGCUGGGAGUGAUCGAAGUCAUCCACGCUGCCCCGAGAGGUACAGCAGCAGUUAAAAGGGUACUGACAGUGGCUUGUACAGAUGGAGAAUCACCCGAGAAGAGGAUGAAAGUUGGUUGGCUAACAAUCUCUUUCAGCGAAGAAGACUUGGAAGGGACGAUCCAACCUCAUGAUGAUGCGUUGGUAGUAACAGCUCAGAUAAGCGGGUUCUUGGUGAAAAGAGUGAUGAUAGACCAAGGAAGCGGAGCCGACAUGAUGUACCCGGAUUUGUUCGAAGGGCUCGGAUUGAAGAGUCAGGAUUUGGUGAAGUAUGACACGCCGCUGGUCUCAUUUGACGAAAGAGUUGUGGUUCCCGAAGGGCAAAUUUCUCUCUCGGUGGACAUGGAAGGCAAGGAAGUAAUAGUGACCUUCAUAGUAGUCCGGUCAUUCUCACCGUACACUGCAAUCUUGGGAAGGCCGUGGAUUCAAGCAAUGAAGGCCGUUCCAUCCACCCUGCACGUGAAAGUGAAAUUUCCCACCAAGUAUGGAGUCGCCGUGGUGCGAGGGAACCAACGAGUGGCUAGGCAGUGUCUUGUCGCCGCGAUCAGAUGGAAGAGUGAACAGCUCGGACAAGCGGAGGAGACCGAAAAAGAAACUUUAUAG